CGAGUCUUAAGUCGGUUUCCACACGUUGAGCAUGACAUGUAGACCACCGGUUGGUCUGCAUCCCGUGCCGCGAUGUGUUGCUGCCAGAGUUGUUGCUUCUUGCACUCUUGUUUUCCACAUGUUAUCUUUAGAUUUGUCAGAUCCUGAUAUCAGAUAGAUCUAAUGAGCAUACAUACAGCAUUAUCACUCCAGGCCAUCCCGACAUGACAGGAAAGCACUGCCGGAAGAGCAAAGACAGCAGGACACGACUGCCACCGUGGUCGUGGGCACGUACGACGGAGGUCUUUUGGGCUUUGGUCUGGAAGAUGGCGCGCAGCGAUUCGGCUAUGCACCCCAUGUGGGAUGCGUCAAGGCAUUGCAUUGUACUCAGGAUGGCAAGCUGGCGACUGGGGCCACGGACAAUGCUGUCCGCUUGUUCGACCUGGCCAAAGGGGUCGAGAUGGGCGAGCUUCAAGAGCACGAGGACUCGGUCGCAGCAGUGCAGUUCUGGGGUCCCAGCCUCAUCACUGGCAGCAGCGAUGGCCAGGUGUGCAUUUGGCGCUGCAGCGACUAUGAGCUUCUGCUGAAGUUCCGCGGUCACAAGGCCUCUGUGACAUGCCUGGCUGUCCACCCCUCUGGGCGGAUGAUGGCCAGUGCUGGCAGAGAUCAACGGAUCCAGCUCUGGGACUUGACCCGUGGCACCUCCGCGGCACACCUGUCGGUGCUCGAGGCCGUGGAGGCCUUGGAGUGGUCUCCGGACGGCCAAAGCAUCGCCGCGUUGAGCCCACGAGAUCUGGUCGCGGUGGAGGUGGCCUCCAAUUCGGUGGCAUCAUUCAAAGAUCCUGCCUCUGCCGGCUUUAUGCGUGUGAGCUUUACCGCAGUGGCUUGGUUGUCUUCCAAAGUGCUAGCUUUGGGUGAUGGCCGUGGACAAGUGCAGAUUUUUGAGAAAGAAGGGGAAGCCUUGACUGAGGUUUGCAAAGUGCCUCGAGAUGGUAACGUCACCGGGAGGAUCAAAGCCCUCAUCAAGGUGAAUGCAAGGCUCAUGGUAGGUCUCAGUACUGGACUGGUCGAGGUGUGGAGUCUCGGAGACCUGAAGGCAGGUAGCUUUACACUGCUUCGCGUGGUCGACACCAAGAGCCGCCUCACCUGUAUGACCGUUUGGGCGCCGGGCCAGGGCAGCCAGGUGCUGGAAGACAAGCACCCCAAAGGAAAGAGAACGUCUGGCGGUGAGAAGCCCGUGAAGAAAGAGCAAGUGAAGCAAUCGGGAAAGCCUGGUAAGAAAAAGCCUCAGAGGUCCUGAACAGUGGUUUUUAGAG